AUGACAAACAGUGAGUUUGUCGAUAGACAGACGAAAGAGGGUGAGAAUGAUGAGUCCAUGCUCCACGUGCAGGCGGAUGCCCUUAUUGUUGCGACAGGGAAUAGCCAAGUUCCGAACGGUGUGCCUUCACAGCUGGCAGGAUUCAAGGACAGGAUCGUCCAUUCCAGCGCGUACGAUGAAUCCUUCAUGCAGGAAGUUGCGGACAAGAAGCUUAGGGUUCUGAUCGUGGGAGGCGGCGAGAGCAGUGCCGAUAUCUCGGCAGACCUAUGUGACCAGUCGCCUAAUUUGACGGUGUGGUUGCGACGUCCACCCUGCGCGGCCAUGCGCUACCUUAACAGGCUUGAUGAGACGCAACAAAUAAAAGCCAACCAAACCGUGGACUUCCCCACCUGUGAAUUUAGCCUGCCAGACGGGACCAAGCAACGGCGCGAAUUUGAUAUCAUCUUGCUCUGCCAUAGCUUCCGAACGGAAUUCUCUUGGCUUCAUCUCCCUGAUGGCAUUCCUUUCUCGGCGAACCCACGAUCCCGGUUUCUGCAUUGCUUCCCGGAGGGACUGGGUGACUGUCUCUUCUUCUUGGGCUACGCACGGCCUGGCAAGGGAGGCAUCCCUUCUGCGGCCGAGAUGCCUGAGUCGAUAUAUCGCAUUGUUGCUGCGUGGUGA